AUGAGCGUUGCAAGAAUACUACUCCUCGGACUUAUCGCAGGCGUAGUCAGAGGACAUGGUGGACAUGAUCAAGCUCCAGAUGACAAGGAAUGGGACGCGAAGAGCUACGCGGAGCAGCAUAUGCAUCGAGAACAUCACAUCGACUCUUUCGACUUAGCUAGCUUUUUCAAGCUUCAUGAUCUCAAUGGGGAUGGCUAUUGGGACAAAGCAGAAAUUGAAGCAGUCUAUGGUGUGCACCACGAAUACUCCAAGGCCAAAACCCCAGACGAACAGGAGCAACAGGCAAAGGCGGACAAGAUUGUCGAUGCUGUGCUGAAGCGGAUGGAUACCAAUGGUAAUGGGCUGAUAGACAAGGCAGAGUUUGAAGCUGCCGGCUGGGAAGGGCUGCCGUCGUUCAAAAGCUUGGGGGCCGAUGGGCAUCAUUACGACGUCGAGAGUGAAUUCUUCCUGCAUCACGAGGAGGUGUUCCAUUCAACACCGGAGACACAAACAGAUGAUGCAUAUGUUCACCCAGAAGAUAUUGAACACUUCGAACAGCACGAGAAGAUUGAACUCGAAGAAGAGAACAAGGAACGUGCCUAUCAAGGCCUACCACCAUUCAAGAAUCUGAGAGAAGCAGAAGCAGCACGAGAAAAGGAGAUUGCGGACGCCAAAGCCGAAGCUUCGAGAGUCCCGGGCCGCUUUGCGCGUCAACAGCCCCCUGAGAGACAAGAUCCAAAGAUCAAGUUCAAGGACGCAGGCGCUGAAGCGGAGAAUAAACCAGAGUGGGGAGAAGGGGAUGAAGCGUACAUGCGACCGAAAACACCUGCUGAAAAGCUAAGGAAGAAUGUCCCAUACAAGUACAAGUUUAGGCGAAACUGGGGCGAUUUCUAG